UUUAUCAGUUAUCUGAACCGAUAAUGUUACCGGUUUGGGUAUCUGAUCCAUGCUUACCCCUAUGACGAUUCCUAUUACUUCUUGAUUACCAAUCUGAAUACAAACAAAAACCCGAAUAAAAACACGAACCCGAAUAGACCUAGUAACGCAUACAACACCACCCGGCAAAUUUGUCAAACUGAAAUUACUCUCACUACACUACCAUUACCCCCGCCGUGACAGAGGCCGAAACUUGAAAAAACCAAAAAUGGUACGCCGGAAGAAACAAACUCUUAAAAAACUUAAAUCCUCCAACACCGACAAAACCAACAAGCAACCGCCGUCGACAACGCCACCACCGCCGAAAACCCCGCCGGAGAAGAAGGACCGGAAACAGCUAAACGCUGAAAAGUCGGCGCACUUCGGCCGAAGGGAGGCCGCUAAAAUCCUACGAGUAAUCCUUCAAGGCGACGCUCAUCGUCGUGCUGUUGGUUCUAUCAAAACCCUGGUUUUUAAACCUUCUGUUCGUAAUAAGAAGGCUACUUUUGCUCUCAUUUGCCAAACUCUUAAAUAUCUUCCUAUUAUCAAAGAAGUUUUGGAUACUUCUGCUGUAUUAAACAGCAAAUGGAAGAGACAGGAGGAGCUAAUAUACAUAACAACCUACGAUUUGCUCUUCGGCAAGGAAAUUUCAACAUGGGGCGAUGCAGAAAAAUUUCUAUUUCAACGAAAAGCUGUCCUUGAGUCUACUUUGGCAAAGAUACUAGCUAAAAAGAAGGUUAAACGAGUUGAAGACCUGCUAUCACAAGACAAGACCACCCCAGAUGUUCCAAAACCUCGAUAUGUCCGUGUAAAUACUUUGAAACUGGAUGUUGACUCUGCUAUCAAAGAACUUGGAAAGAAAUGCACAGUUAAGAAGGAUGACUUAGUUCCAGAUCUGUUGAUUCUUCCUCCUGGUGUUGAUUUGCAUGAUCACCCACUAGUGACAAGUGGAAGUGUCUUUCUACAAGGUAAGGCAAGUUCUAUGGUAGCAGUUGCCCUUGGGCCUCAACCAGGUUGGCAGGUCCUUGAUGCUUGUUCUGCUCCAGGGAACAAAACUGCACAUCUUGCUGCUCUCAUGAAAGGCAAGGGAAAGAUUGUAGCAUGUGAGUUGAAUGCAGAUCGGGUUAAACUUCUUCAGAACACUAUCAACGUAGCUGGGGCAAAAAAUGUGGAAGUUCAUCUUGGGAAUUUUCUGAACAUAGACCCAGAGGAUCCAGCCUUCUCAAAGCUUCGUGCUAUACUCUUGGAUCCCUCCUGCUCUGGAUCAGGGACUGCAGCUGAAAGAUUGGAUCAUUUGCUCCCUUCACAUACGAAUAAUAAAGCAGGUGUGUCUGAUGUAAUCCGGCUGACGAACCUUUCAGCUUUUCAGAAGAAGGCUCUAAAGCAUGCAUUAUCCUUCCCAACAGUUGAGAGGAUUGUUUACAGUACAUGCUCUAUCCACCAACUUGAAAAUGAAGAUGUUAUAAAAUCAGUCUUACCCACUGCUUUAAAGAAUGGUUUUGAGCUGGCGACGCCCUUCCCCCAAUGGUCUCGUCGAGGUUUGCCAGUCUUUGAAGGAUCUGAACACGUGCUUCGGAUGGAUCCUGUUGAGGACAAAGAAGGCUUCUUCAUUGCUUUGUUUGUGAGGAAACAAGAAGAAUGCAGACCAAACCAGUUAAAUCUAAAGAAACGAAAACCUGAAAUGCCCGUGCCUUUCACUAGGCUCUCAAAGAUGUGGCUUCUCUCUCUGAUGUUGUCUCCGCCACAUGGUGGUGGCUGUUGUCCCGGAGAAGAAUCUGUUUGUCACUCUACAAAUUAAGCAACUUGAGAGUGUCGUUUUUGAUGGAACCAUUCCCUUUAAUUUCAAUCCAUGUUCCUAUGAACUACCACAUGUAAUUGAUUGUGGAUAUCCAAAUCGGCUAAUUGUUAAGGCCCAUUAGUCUCUUGUCUUACAUAGUUGCUAGUUCAUCAGGAAUUAAUUUUUGUCUUAAUGUUCGCGGUAGAUAGUUGAUAGUUCUUCUAAAAUUUUUGUCUAGAGAUUCACGGUUGGAAGAUAAGCAAUUAAGAUCUCUUUUCAAAAUAGUUAAAUAGCAAAUCUGUCAUGAGAAAUUGAGAAUAUCAACUUUUUUUGAGCAUGCAUAACCCCCAUUACACUGGAUUGUACAAUUAAUGAGACAAAAAUUUACAAAGAAGUCGUUUUCUAAUGUCAUGGUUUAAGGUAGCACUUAUGAAGUUUUUCUUUUAUUUUAUGUGAUCAACAUCAAUAAUCAAUGCUUUUAACGAAAAUUAUGAUAAAAAUGAUCUUAGAGAAGUACUAAGGUAUGGAGAAUUUAUUGUCCAAGUUUAUAAUCUUAAUAGAAACAAGUGCUCAAGAACAUUUAUAUUGUGCGCAAUCAUAGGUUUAUUUUGUUAGAAAAAAAAGUAUAAACAAAACAAAAAUUAGACAAUGUACUGAGAAAGAAAAAAGAUCAUUUCCAUUUUACUCAUAAUCUCAUUCCAACAUUACAUCAUCAUCAUUCCCAUCCAUUACAUCACACAUAGAAAAUGACGGGCAAUUCUACCCCACCACAUCUCUAAAUCUCACCCCACAAAAAAAAAAAAAAAAAAAAAAA